UUUAUGUGCUAAAGUGUUUUGCGAUUCAUAUUGUGAUGAUUUUGGGUCUUUUGAAAAAGGAGUUGCUGAUCAAAUUCCAGUUCCAAUUUAUAUAGUUCCAUUUUGGAUGGUCCAGACAAGUAAAGGUCAAGGGAACAGUCCAGCCCAGUCCAGUAACAAACACUGUCUUCAAG